AUGGAGAUCACAAUUGAUCAGAUUUUAAUUUCUGAAUUCCCUCUCAAAGAAUGCAAAUCCCCCAAAUUCGGCGUCCACACUCUGCUUAAAGUUAAAGCAUCCACAGGCGCUUUCCCCCAUUUUAGGGUAAUGCUCAAAUUUUGGGACGAAUUGGCGGAAAUGUCGGUCCAGCAUCUGAAGCCGUGCGAUUUAGUUUACAUUUCGGGUCGUCUAGGGUCGUACAUGAAGGUGGACGAGAAUGGGAAAUCGAUACCGUUUUAUCAGGUAGAUGUUACAGAGGUAAAUUUUGUUGCUCAACAUGGUCUGCAACCAGCCGGCCAAAGCCUUGUCAAGUUUGAACCACAAGUUUCGACCGAAGAGAGAAUACAAAAUCGUAGAAGCCGACUUCAUCUGUGGCAAAUAUUCUUUGCGAACCCAUCUGAAUGGUGGGACCGAAGAAGCCGUAAAACAAAUCCAAGAGCACCCGAUUUUAAGCACAAGGAUACAGGUGAGUCACUUUGGCUCAACGAAAGUGACCCUCCAUGGAUUAGUAAGCAACUCCAAUUGCAUGAUUCGAGAUCGAGGGAACUAAGCCAAGGUGAAAACCGAAAUGCUUGGUCACAUCUUUCCCCUUUGGUUUAUGAUACACAAGAUACAUGAUUUUUUUUUUUUUUUUUAAUUUUUUUAAUUUUAAUUUUUUUUU